GUCCGCCUCUGAUCUCCGGCAGCACCGGAGCAAGCCAGGACUGGUCUCCUUGGGGCAGCGGACGGACUUCGCUCUCCUUCCCAGACAUGGAUUCGUACCUGAUCCAGGUGACCGGCAAGUCGGCCUUCCCCUCUGUGAUGGAUGUCCAGCUGGGACGGGCCGGACGGGGCCCCUGCUGCGUGGCUGGCAAGGGAAAAGGGCACCGCAAGCCUCACUGGGCCGUCCGGGCCUCUGAGAUGUCCAAGCGGACCUUCAACCCCAUCCGGGCCAUUGUGGACAGCAUGAAGGUGGAGCCCCACCCGCAGAAGCCCCUCAUCUCCCUCUCCAUCGGGGACCCCACGGUCUUUGGGAACCUGCCCACGGACGAACAGGUCACCCAGGCCAUGAAGACGGCCCUGGACUCCAGGAAGUACGAUGGCUAUGCUCCUUCCACAGGUUACCUGUCCAGCCGUGACGUGGUUGCAAAGUACUACAGCUGCCCCGAAGCACCCCUCGAAGCCAAGGAUGUGAUCCUGACCAGCGGCUGCAGCCAAGCCAUCGAGUUGGCCCUGGCUGUUUUGGCCAACCCUGGGCAGAACAUUCUGGUGCCGCGUCCAGGCUUCUCCCUCUACAAGACCUUGGCUCAUUCCUUGGGGAUUGAAGUCAAGUUCUACGACCUCUUGCCAGAGAAAUCCUGGGAAAUUGACCUGAAGCAGAUGGAGUCCCUGGUGGAUGAGAAGACAGCCUGUUUGGUGGUCAACAACCCCUCCAACCCAUGCGGCUCCGUCUUCAGCAAAGGCCACCUCCAGAAGAUCCUGGCAGUGGCUUCCCGGCAAUGCGUCCCCAUCCUGGCUGAUGAGAUCUAUGCCGAGAUGGUCUUUGAAGAAGGGCAGUCCGAGUCCCUGGCCAAGCUCAGCACCAAUGUGCCCAUCCUGUCCUGUGGCGGUCUGGCGAAGCGGUGGCUGGUGCCCGGCUGGAGGAUGGGCUGGAUCCUCAUCCACGACCGCAGGGAGAUCUUUGGGAAGGAGAUCAGGGAUGGCCUCCUGCGGCUGAGCCAGAGGAUCCUGGGGCCCUGCACCGUGGUCCAAGGGGCCCUCGCACACAUCAUGCACCGGACACCCCCUGAAUUCUACCAAAACACCCUCAGCUUCCUCAAGUCCAAUGCUGACCUCUGCUACUCUGCGCUUUCCACCAUCUGUGGGCUACGGCCAGUCCGACCCUCGGGAGCCAUGUACCUCAUGGUGGGCAUCAAGAUGGAGCAUUUCCCCGAGUUCGAGAAUGACGUGGAGUUCACGGAGCGACUCAUUGCAGAGCAGUCGGUCUUCUGCCUGCCUGCAACGUGCUUUGAAUACCCCAACUUCUUCCGGGUGGUGCUCACGGUGCCUGAGGACAUGAUGGCGGAGGCCUGCCAGCGCAUCCAGCAGUUCUGCGAGCAGCACUACGAAAGCGCCCAGGACAUGGAGUGUGACAAGUAGCUACAGGACCACCACCAACCCCUCCAACCCACCCCACACCCCGGCCUGCUCCACUCCAUCCACCUUGUGUGCCCCAUGCACCACCACUGGGGAAUGCCAUGGCCACCGCAGCGCCCCACAGUCCCAUGUGGCACCUGCUCAGAACCGAAGGGAGCAGAGAGCCAUGUUCCUUCCCUGCAAGCCCUCACUUUUCAGGAUGCUGUUGCCCUUCCUUUCUUCAGCCUAUUUGAAAUAUUUGUAAGUUAUUGUAACUUUUGUAUGAAUAAACACAUGGAAAAAAACUGCAA